CCCAAUUCCACCGCAAAUUGGUUCGACACAUUUACCAACUGUCGCUCUUUAGCAAAUCCCUCGUUUCGUGAAAUUGAAACAUUCUAUUCUUUUAGAUGUUUAUUAGACGGUUGCCGCGAAUGGGCCUCAUACGGCCUGGCCUCGUGCGCUUCCACUCCAAGCCCAGCAGACUGAAAUUCACCGGGAUCCUCAGUGUCACGAUGGUCGUGGGGACCGUAUACAUGAACACGUCACUCUUUGACCGCAUCAACAACGACGCGGCGUUCGUGACCAAGCACAAUUUGCAGCCGAGCGCAGCGGCGGAAACAUACGAGUACGGCUUGUACCUCUCGUCGGAGGCGGAGUUGGCGGAGGAGAGUGCAGCAUACGAGCGUGCAAAAAGCACACUCACACCAGUGGGGCUUAUCUACCGCGCACGCUUCGCGUUUGCGCGCUACGUGUGGGAGCCGAUAGUGACGCUUGGGCGGUUUUUAGAGCUCCUGGCGAUAUUUCUCCCCGUUUUACUUGCGUAUCCAAUCUCAUACUUUGGGCGUACAGAGCGUACGGGUGAACGUGCGGGCGCGGUGUUGUGGUACCGCUACCUCAAGUGGUCCGCGGAGCUCGCAGGCGCAUCCUUCAUCAAGCUCGGGCAGUGGGCUGCGUCGCGGACGGACAUCUUCCCACGCGAGCUCUGUAACCAGUUGGGACAGUUACACCUGAAUGCAAAGGCCCACCUGUUGCACCAGACGAAGCGCAUCAUCUCGCGUGCAUUCAACGGUUUGCCGUUCGACGAGAUCUUUGAGGAGUUCCGCGAAGUACCGCUUGGAGUUGGUGCAAUCGCACAGGUGUACAUCGCGCGCUUAUCGCGCACGCUCAGUCAGUGCAUGCAGGCACAGGCUGUGCGCACGGAACACCACGAGGGUGUCUACGCCAAGAACAAGCGGUUUUUCAGGAAAAUUUUGACCGGUACCAUCAGCGAGAGCGAGCCUCUUGAGCUCACGCCGCUUACUGAUGAGACACCCAAUCAGUGGGUUGCGAUAAAGGUUGUCCAUCCGCGCGUGGAGGUGACCAUCGCGCGCGAUCUCCGCAUCAUGCGCUUCUUCGCGGCGUGCAUCGACUAUGUCCCCACAAUGGAGUGGCUCUCUCUUCCCGACGAAGUAGCCCAAUUCGGGUUGCUCAUGAAACUUCAGCUAGACUUGCGUAUCGAAGGCUUGAAUUUACAGCGCUUCCGCGACAACUUUGCGGACCAUGAUGACAUCACAUUUCCGAAGCCAUACCUUGAAUUCACCUCGCGGGAAGUCUUGGUAGAGGAGUACAUCCAUGCGGUGCCGAUGGAACAGUUAUUGCGCGUGUCGGCCAACUUCGGAAAGGGCCUCUCUAAGGAGGUCAGCGACAAAGGCCUCGAUGCCUUCUUGAAGAUGUUGAUCUUGGAUAACUUUGUGCACGCGGAUUUGCAUCCCGGGAACUUGAUGGUCCGGUUCUACAAGAACGAGCUCUUCAGACACAGGAGAGAGUACAAGAUUGUGAACACACUGAGCGAAGCCGAGAUGAAUGCGGUGACGGACACUUUACUAGGGCUCAAAGAUGAGGAGUGGGCGCCGGAAUUGGACCGUUUGUACCGCGAAGGCUACCACGCGGAGGUCUGCUUCAUCGACACCGGCUUGGUGACGGAGUUGAAUGAGGUUGAUCGCCGCAACUUUAUUGACUUGUUCCGUGAAUUGUCUGAGUUCGACGGGUAUAAGGCGGGCGAGUUAAUGAUGGAGCGCUCACGUACGCCCGAAACUGUUGUUGACAGGGAGGUGUUUGCCCUCAAGGUGGAGCGCUUAGUUGAUAAGGUCAAGUCGCGUACGUUCACGCUAGGCAGCGUGUCGAUCGGUGACUUGCUCGAUCAAGUCUUGGGCAUGGUGCGCACGCACCACGUACGCAUGGAGGGCGACUUCAUUACCGUGAUUGUCGCAAUUUUGCUUUUAGAGGGCAUCGGGCGCCAGCUCGACCCGGAGUUGGAUUUGUUUGCGAGUUCCUUGCCUGUGUUGCGUCAAUUGGGUAUCCAGGAUGGACGUAAGCUCUUGCAAGACUCUAACAUAUCCAGCAUGGUCAAGGUGUGGAUCACCCUUGAGUUGAGAAGAUUCAUCAACGCAUCCAUCCAAGACGUCAACAACACAGUGAAGGCGGACAUGUUGAGUCCUAAUGUUUAGAUGUGGCUACGGGGGGCUUCUGAAAAGCCCUCUCGGAUUAUGAAUGGGACAAAACUGGGUGGUCUCAAAACGUUGACGAUAGAGACUCUCAAAACGUUUCAAUGGUUUCAAGUAGAUACCCUUUGGUAGUGAGCUUGUCGCUAUAGGUAUACCGCAGUUGGAACGCAAAUAGAUAGAAUUUUACUCGUAGGUAUGCUGAAGAUCCAGUCUAGUGGACAAAUGAGACCGCUAUAUCUCUAAUUCAGUAUCAUUAAUCAAAAUGAC